GGGGUCAUCCGCUCGCUUGUCCGCCAUGGUGUCUGGCGGCAGCCACGAAGGAUCCUUAUGCUGACGGCCCCUUCUUCGAGGGCGACAAGGUCCACUACUGGAGCGCCAGCGUCAAGAAGUGGAUCAUCGCCAGGGUGCAGAAGGUGAACGACGACGGCUCUUACGACCUCAACUGCAAGAAGCGGGUGCCGGCGUCGAAGGGGCGGCCGCCGCUGUGCCCCGCGGACCAGCGCGCGGCGGCGCGCGGCGCGCUGAGGAGGUCCUGCCCGUGA